UCAAGAUUCUGUUGGCAGAUGGCCUUGUCAAUUGGUCAUGGGAAAAUGAAGAAGAUAUCGUGUUCUUUAAUGCUUUAAGUAGCUCCAGGUCUAGUUUUUUAUUUACUGGGGAGAAUAAACCAAGUGAUUUAAGCAUAAAGGAUAAUACUCUUCUAGUUGGAGAUCUUGGGCGUGUGCAGAAUCUUGCGGAAGUUGAGGAACUGCAAUUAUGGAAAAGGCGGCAGCUGCAGUCACUGAUGGUCUCGGGGCAUGGUUAUGGGACUGGUACAGAACUAGCACAAGAACUUGUGCCUCAAGAGGCCGUGCUUGAGAAAUUGCAACCUCCAAGGACACUAGAGCGGUUUGAAUUGUUGGGCUGUACUUUUUGUACAUUUCCUAGUUGGAUGACAGACAUUGCAUCUUUCCUCCCAAACCUUGCUCACCUUGAACUACGCCAUCUGGAAACAUGUGUCUGCCUUCCACCUCUUGGACAACUGCCUAAGCUACAUAUGUUGGUGAUAUCUGACAUGCCUCAUAUCAAGGAAGUCAAUCAAGAAUUCUCAGGGGGUGCUAGACCAUUUCAGAAGUUAAGAAACAUUGUGAUAGAGAAUAUGCCAAACCUGGAAAAAUGGCACACAGAUGCUACUGUAAGUGGCAAUGAUGUGGAAUUGAUGUUCCCAGUUCUUCAUCAUCUGAAGAUACACAAAUGUCCAAAGUUGAGAUUUCAGCCGUUCCUUCCUCGAUCUGUGUCAUUGGAAAUUUAUAGAAGCAAUCAAGUUCUAUCGUCAGGAGUUCAAUCAACUGGCCUGCCAACAAUAAGGGUGCUGAUCGAUUCCUGCACAUUAUCUUCUGAUGGUUUGAUAGGGUUGCAGUCUCUUACCUCCCUCAAGUUCCUCGGUGUGCGCCACUGCAUAGGUCUGGAUAACUGGAGAGAUAGCAUUGACAUGCUAACUUCACUGAAGAGUUUAGAUAUAGCUAUGAGCAAUGUUCCUGAAUGCUUGGGAGGUGUCACUUCACUGGAGUGUCUGAAAAUCCGUAACUGCCCAGUAAAUUAUAACACUCUAGAGCAAGUACUACAUCUUACUGCAUUGGUGGACCUGUCAAUUUGUUGUAGCCAACCGACUAAAUUAGUAAAUGAACAAGAGGUCAAUUGGUUGACGAAUAUGCCAUCCUGUCUCAAGAAUCUUGUAAAUCUUGAGCCUGACAAUUUCAUUGGCUGUGACCGACUUCCCUUCCUUGGCUGUCUAGAAAAGCUACGUUCAUUGACACUACGACAGAUGCCUGAUCUCAAGACAGUGCAUCAGGAUAUUUCCGGGGGCAGCAAUUGUUUGCCGAUGCUACAAACCCUCAAGAUAGGGAGCAUGCCUAAUCUUGAAAGGUGGACUACCGCGCAUGCUACUGCAGCACAUGCUACUCAUGUGAGGAUCUUCCCUGAUCUUCAACUACUCAAGGUUUUUGACUGUCCAAAGCUUAAGUUUGUGCCAUUUCUUCCAGUCUGCUCAAAGUGCAUUAUCAGUGUGACUAGUGAGGUAAUAGUGCCGGAGCACCAUGAUGAUCCUCCCUGGGACAUGCCCACAUCAGAACUAUUCUGCUUCUAUUUACAUGGUAGAUGCACAGGACUCCAAUACUUCAAAUUCCUGAGAUUACUAUCAGUUUAUGGCUGUACAAAUAUGAGCAGUUGGCAAGAAAGCAUCCUCCUCCUUACCUCCCUUCAGAAACUGGAGUUGCAUGAGAGCGACAUGCCUGGAUGGUUGUGUAAACUCUCCUCGCUGUGUGAACUUCACAUCAUAAAGAGCAAACCACCGCUCAACCUAUCCCAGUUUGUUUAUGAUCGUCACCAGAUUGCCUUAAGAAUCGAGGAUUGCCAGGGGACACUCAAGCAGGUGCCUUCUGUAGUGAUUUUGGACAUGAUAAGACACAUCACUUCUGUGGAAAUAAUUGGUUGUGAGCCAAUAAUGAAUGCAGAGUGGCGAAAUGGUGAACUCUUCAAGUGCAAACUUCGAAAGUCCAGUGAGUGGUACAUGCCGCGUGCAGAUGCUGGGUCACUGCCGACCAUCCUUGGCACAUGGCAAGAGGAACCGACAGAGCUCCGCUCUGGUGAUACAGCCAACCCUGACCAACCAGGGCCUUCACUCCUUCAGGAACCAAGUGACCGAUGAUGAUGAUGCGAAUAAGGAGAUGGUGGCAGUGAAGACCUCCCUCCUCCUGAUGCUUCUUCCUGAAAUAGAUGUUUUUCUCAUUUCUGUUGUAUGCUGCAAACACAGCACCCAGCUGCAAAACGUACUCCGUGCUAUCUGUAUUGUUGCUUCGCGUUAAUUUGAAGCCAGUGCAUCCCAGUGAUUCGAAUCGCGGCAUAGGCAACAUGUUCAUGCAAACCAGGUCUGCGAAGGUUGUACUGUAUAUGGUUAACUGGUUUGGUUGUGUUACUGUUCAGAAA